ACUGGUGGGUAGUAGGCCUAUUUUUUUCUUUGCAUCUUCAAUGGACGCGCUCUGCAGAUUCCAUUUAUUGUGUUUAACUCAAAACAGAGUGGAGACUGCGCCUUUGCGCAAGUGAGUCAAACGCCUAUCCACGCACAUGUAAUGUUUGGUCUAUUACAGUUCAACACUGAAUUUGAUCAAAUCUGGUCACAUGCAUCAUAUUUUACUAUUUUGUCAAAACUAUCUACAAACUUGUCCAUAGUCCACCUCUUCCUUCCUGAACACAUCUCCUCUCUGUCUGGAUUGGGUGGGUCUGAAACGCUCAUGCCUGGGUUCCCAGGGCAACUCAUCAAACAUGCGUUUCAUCAAGAAUAUUUUGUCACACCCCGCUGUUCCAAGAGCAGUGCGAGCAAGUGCGCCGUAGACCGACAGAGAGACCGAGGCAGCACUUGGAGCCGAAAAGGCGUUUGUUAAACACUGAAGCAGUGGCACUCAACGUCAUCGGUUAUUCUGUAAAAUGCAUCUUCAGUGACGUGACUUUCCACACAGAAGUUCUUCGUUUUGUUUUGCUCUUAUUUACGUGGAAUCUGGAACUUGGGACUCUGCUGUGUUGAGCCAUAGGCGCUUGCCAACGUUGUCUGAGCGUUUUGUUCAGGCAGCCUGCUUCUUCAGGAUGCAUAUGAAUAGCUUAUUAAACCAAUGGACGGACAUCCCCAGGAUGUGUGAGGUGGAUGUGAGUUCAGAGCCCAGCAGCCCUGGCCUGUACGGGGAGUCCUCGGACACCUACUGCCAGGUGGACCGAUGGCAGAAGCUGCGCACCGCCGUACGCAAGCUGGAGUUCUGGGAGAACUUCACCGCAGAACUCAUCGGGAGCGGAUUCUUCUCCAAAGUUUACAAGGUCUCUCACAACCACUCGCGCAAGGUGAUGGUGGUGAAGAUCUAUAAGAACGACGUGGACCAGGACAGCAUCGUACGGGAGAUCAGUCUACUGCAGAAACUUUCCCAUCCCAACAUAGUCAGGUAUCUGGGCAUCUGUGUAAGAGAAGACAAGCUCUAUCCCAUUCUCGAGUACGUGAGUGGUGGGUGUCUGGAGGAGCUGCUGGCCAGGAAGGACGUGUCCCUGUGCUGGCGGGAGAAGGUGGACCUGGCCGCUGACAUCACCCGGGGGAUGAUCUACCUGCACUACAAGAACAUCUACCACAGAGACCUCAACUCAAAGAACUGUCUGAUCCGCGUGACGUCGCGAGGUAGGGAGGCCUUGGUCACAGACUUUGGUCUGGCCAGGGAAGUAGUGGAACUUCCUGCCAAAGACAGGAAGCUGUCACUGGUUGGCUCCGCCUUCUGGAUGGCUCCAGAGAUGCUGCGAGGAGAGCCAUACGACCGCAAGGUGGACGUGUUCUCCUUUGGGAUUGUGCUGUGUGAGAUCUUGGCCAGAAUCCCAGCGGACCCGGAGGUCCUUCCCAGAACACAAGAUUAUGGUCUGGAUGUGUCCGCGUUCCGGAAGCUGGCUAGCGGAUGCCCUCAGCGCGUUCUAGAACUGACCGCCAGCUGUUGCCUGCUGGAGUCUUUCCGGAGGCCGUCGUUCACCGAGGUCCUGGACGAGUUGGGAGAGAUCGCGGAGACCUUGGAGCCCCUGGACCCACUGGACCCCCACGUGGAGCUCAGCACGGGGUGAGGCUGACCUGAGGAGCCCGAUCAGGGGCCAGGAGGCGGACGAUAGGAGGAGGCUGUGGCACUCAUCCACCCUCCAGUCCAGUCCAGACACACACACGCACACCCUCUACUCCAGACAGACUGACUGUAGUGAACUCUGUUAACGCUGAACACGUUGUUGGGCUAGAUCAGUGAUUCUCAAAGUGUGGUCCGGGGACCACUGGUGGUCCGUGACAGAGCUCAGGUGGUCCAUGAGGGUAUUUCUAUUUUUCCAAGACAAGCUAGCAGCAGGCUAUAUUUGUUGCAUUAUUGCAAAGCUUAACAUGGAUGAAGUCUUAUUUUCACCACAAUAAGACAGGCUUGUAAAUGUGAAUAAAAAGUAAGCGAUCUGGAUCGAAAUUAGCAGUGUCAAAUUAAUACCCGUCAACGGACAGUUCAGUUGACAGGCGGUCCCUGAAGAUUUUUAGGGUGACAACGUGGUCCUCGGUCUGAAAAAGUUUGAGAAACACUGGUCUAGAUCCACUAGACACCUUGUAGUGUAGAGGAGGAGACGUCUAUUUUGGGGUGGACACUUGGCUAUAUGGACACACACACCCAUCACACGAGGAGAGUACUCGGUCACACAUACACACAGAGGGCAGAAGGGGGCGCUCAAGCUCCAGCGGAGAGGCACUGUUUGGAUUGGAGCACAGCUUGCUUUUAAGGACUCGACUGGACUGCACACAUUACAACACACGUUUUCAGAGUUGUAUAAAAUAGACGUAGAAGUACUCUUACACGUGUAAUUACAACACUAUAGCAGAGAUUCUUUAACUAUAGAGAUAUGCCAACAUAAUAGGUUUC